GCGUUGAACAUUAGGCGGCCCAGGGUUGUGUGGGCGCGCCGGGGAGCUAUGUGGUGACAUACGGGAUGUAUGCUGGAUGAUGAGAACUCGCUGAUGUUACAUAUUAAGCUGAGGUGGAACCGCAUUCUGCUGUUGGUUGUGCCGAAGCAAAGACCGGUCAUCAUAAUUGCACAUCAGGUUACCGGUGAGAAAUCUGUGGUUGGGGGCAGCAUUUAUGAGGUUCUCCUAACGGAUUACCUAAGGUGCCUACCGUCAGAGGUAAGGACCAAGCUGGUUGACGAAGUCUAUGUUGAACAGCACACCAUCGCCUCUUUUAGCAAGAAAGCUUUGGACAUCGAGGCAAAGCUAGGAUCUGCGCAUCAGGCCCCCAACGAUGGUAGGAAGAGACUGCCCCAAGAUUGGAAGAAAAAGGGUCGGUUAAUGUUCGUUGACCACGAUGGCCAAACGACGGAGAUUGACGACUACUCAGAUCUUGGGGAGUUAACAGAGCACGGUGGGGGUAGUGAGACUUCAGAUGGUGGAGUCGUGGCACCCAUGAAGGAAAAGGCUAGGGGGACGGGGAAGAAGAAGGUAGGACGGUCCACGAGUCAGGGCGACCUAGGAACACCCGCAUGGUUGAAAAUUGGUUUAGACUACGAGGGAUGCCGGUACUUCACCAAGAUAGAUUUGAAGUCCGGAGACCAUCAGGUUGCUGUUAGACCUGAGGAUCAGCACAAAACCGCAUUUCAGACUAGUUACGGUCUGUACGAGUUUGUGGUGAUGCCUUUUGGCCUAUGCAAUGCGCCUGGUACGUUCCAACAAGCAAUGAAUAGGAUUUUUCAUGACUACCUGGACAAGUUUAUCGUCGUGUACCUCGGCGAUAUUCUCAUCUUUAGUAGGACUGUAGAGGAGCACGCUGAGCAGUUGAAAACAGUGCUAGGUCUUCUAAGACAGCACCAGUACAAAAUCAACUUGGAUAAAUGCGAGUUUGGUCGCACCAAGAUCCUCUACUUGGGUCAUGAAAUUUCAGCAGAUGGAUUGAGGCCGGAAGAUGCGAAGGUGGCCAGCAUACGUGACUGACCCAGACCUCAGACGGUUACUGAGGUCAGAUCGUUUUUGGGGAUGACGGGCUAUUAUCGUCCGUUUGUGAAGAAGUAUAGUACUAUAGCUUCCCCAUUA